GCGGGUCUUUGAAAGCCACAACCCACAACAUUGUUCUUCAAUUGUCCUCGCAGAACCCCCAUGGCACAAUUGACCUUGGGCUCAAUUUUUCAAUAAACUUUCCUUUACUCCAAUAAAGAUAAUGCGCCUUCACCUCCUUCCCAUAUCUACCCGGCGCUCGUUGAUCUACUGCCAACGCCUAAACCGACAUGUCAGCCCCGACCAGACAUACCUUGACAGAGUUACGCACAAGGCAUCUGAGGUGUGGCUGAAAUGGGAGAGAGCGGAGAAAGGAUGGAAAAAAAGCGUCACGGAAUAUGGCAAUCGAGCUAUGCAACAGAUACCCUAUGAGGAAUGGGGAUUGAAGAGCGUACCACCGUUGAGCGCUCGACGACGCGAUCAAGAGCUCAAGGGCACACGAACCGUCGACGUUACUUUCCCGAGCUCCAUAAUUCCAGAUGAAAAAGUGUCGGACAUUCUAAGGACACUGUCGACCGAGCGUCAGUCUUUACAUCGCAAACGCAUGUGGUGGAGCAUCUUCUGGAUGCCGUUUACAGCACCUGUUGCCUUGAUACCCAUUAUACCAAACAUCCCCUUCUUCUACCUAUGUUUUCGCGCCUGGUCGCAUUGGCGUGCAUUGUCGGGAUCGAAGCAUGUAGAAUUUCUACUGGACAACAAUCUGAUCAAGCACGUUCCGUCGUCCCUUCUCGAUGCGCGAUACCGUUUGAGCCAAGCAAGAAAGCAGCAUUCGACAGCGACAACAUCGGGACAGGACAAAAUCACAUACCUGGGGAACGCCGAGUCAGAUAUAAGCUCAUCUGCUGGAGAGAUUCUGCUCUUGCAUAAGAGCGAUGGUAAACUCCUAGCCGCAGAGCUAGAGUUUCCCGAACUCCAACUUGAGGUGGAGCGUGCAGUUUGGCAAGUGAACCGAGCCAUCAAAGGCAAGAAGGAGCUGAAAAAUGAAAAGGAUCAUCUGCAUGACGCGACUAAACCAGAAGGCAAAGACGUACGUCCAGAUGAUAAAAAGUCCCGAUAGCUCACGAGCCGGGAAAUUCAGUCCGAAUCAAGGGGGCAAAGCGGUAGAAGCGCCGGCAUAUGAUUUGGCUGUCCCAGUUUGGACAACGCCACUCUUCUGUAUUAUCAGCAAACUAUGUUCUGCUGCCCCGGAGCCUUAUUAUUUGAGGAACAUCUUGGCUGAGCCACGAUGAUCUGAAAGGGCAUCUCAUCUCCAUUCUUUUUUGCGCUUCUUCAUCGCAAUCCGGGAAUCCUCCUUUUUGCAGGAUUUCCCCAGGAUGCGGAGAGAAAGCCCAGAAACAUCCUCCCCUCAAUUUCCAUGAUCAUCAUCGUCAACUCUUAUAUUAUGAAUCGCAUAGCAUGUAAGAUAUGACGAAUCAUCUCGAG